CAUCUCUCUAAUGCAUCCUCCACCUUCUUACUCGCAAUCUCUUCCCGUGGCCGAGUCCGGGAGCAAGAACCCCAAACCCCGCGCGACCGCCGACGAGGAUGACCCGGACCUGCCCCCACGGGAGGCGCCCCCCGGGAUACCUGGAUUGCUGCACGAAUGGAAUCGCGCGGGGGCGGCGGAGCGCCUCCCUGAAAUCCGCGCCAACCUUCUCCUCCUGCCCCCGCCCGCGGCCCCGUCCCCGGCCCCGUCCGCCGCGGGUCUCCGCGCACUCGGCCUCCUCAGCUUCGUCCACCUCGACCUCUCCUCGCCCCCUUCCCCCGGCGCCCCGCGCCGCGACCUCGUCGCCGCGCUCAUCGCCAAUUAUCUGUCCAUCCGUGAGUGGAGCCACGCACGAGGCGUCGGGUUCGAGGUUUCCCCUGACACCUUCGCCGACGCGCUCGCCCUCCCGGCCCCGCGAAGUACCGCGCCGGUCGAUCGGGACCCCCCGGCCGGCGUCGACCCCGCUGCCGUGGCCUCCGCCGCGACGGAGUUCAUGAAAGCGUACAUCUUGACGCCGUUAGCGGCCACCAACGGCGGGAGGCUGCCCAUCUAUGUCGAGUCGGCGGCGCAGAGGGUGAAGGAUGGGAUGGCGCAUACUGUCGACUGGACAUUUUUACUCUGGCGCCUUGUAGUGGAGGAGAUGUUCGAGCUGAGGAAGGGGAUGAGAAGCGAUUGGGCGUGUUACUACGGCGCAUACCUGCAGAGGCUCAUCUGGGUGAAGAGGCCGGACCUGUUCUUGCCACCACCGGUGGCGCCACCGGAGCAAGCUGCAUUGGCGGCAGGAAACAACCACUGGCCAAAAGCCGACGACAAUCAGAAGCUCUGUUCAGAGCUGGAGUCCAAGAUGCAGGAGUGUGAAGCGAAAUCACAGCGGUUUGAAGCGGAGGUUGAGGCGAAAUCAAGGCAACUUGAUGCUCUAGCUGCGCAGUAUCACCACGAAAUGAGGAACCUCGAGCAAGAUAAGAAAAGGCAACUUGACGCUCUAGCUGCACGGCAUCACUACGACAUGAGGAACCUCGAGCAAGAUAAGAAAAUGUUGCAGGAUGAGGUGCACACAGUCAAGCUGCUGAAUCAGGCUCUGGUUUGCAAGGAAACAGAGAGCAGGGAUGAAGUGCAGCGGGUUCUGAAAGAGCUGACUCAUGUGAGCAAGCAGCUAGCAGAGCUGAAGGAUGAGACGCACACGGUGGAGUCACUUAACCAGGCUCUGGUUAACAAGGAAGCGAAAAGCGACGAUGAACUUCGACGAGGACAGGAGGAGAUGACAGAUGUGAGAAAGCAACUAGCACAUUUACAGGAGGAGAUGCGCGCCAUUGACUUGCUCAACCAGGCCCUGGCUAGUGCCAAGGAAGCGAAAGACGAUGAAUUGGAGAGGGUUCGGAACGAGCUAGUCCAUGUAAGGAAGCAAGCAGGGCAUUUGGAAGAGGAGAUGAACAUACUGGAUUCAAUCAACAAGGCUCUAGUUGCCAAGGAAAGGGAAAACAGUGCCGAGUUGCAAGACAUCCGGAAAAAGAUGAAAGAUCUAAAUGAUGAGCGUGAAGGGCUAGAGUCAGACAACAAAGUCCUGACAACCAUGGAAAUAAGAAGCAACAACGAGUUGCAAGUCGUCCGGAAAACACUGAUAGAUGGCUUGCAGAAUUUUACGAAUGGACAUGCACACAUAGGUGUCAAAAGGAUGGGCGAUCUUGACCUCAAAGAAUUUGCAAAAGCUUGCAAGCAGGAUUUAUUACAAGAGGAUGCACGAGUUGAUUCCUCUGUUCUUUGUUCGAAAUGGGAAGCUCGAAUUGCAGAUCCAAACUGGCACCCUUUUGAGGUCCGCAUGAAUGAUGAUGGUAAAGAGAAGGAAAUUCUGCUAAAGGAUAAUGCUAAUCUUCGGGAGUUAGAAGAGCACGGUGAAGAAAUAUACACUUUGGUGACAAAGGCGCUGUUUGAAAUCAACGAGUACAACCCCAGUGGCCGCUAUCCUGUACCAGAGCUAUGGAACUACAAGGAUGGCCGGAAAGCAACACCGGAAGAGGCCAUCAAGUAUAUCCUGAAAUCACGCAAGAGGAGGCGGUGAGCCCAUGUACCUGCAGGCUCCAUGUGCUCCCUUGGCUUUCAUAGAGCUAGUACUUACACCUUGAACUAGACAUAAUGUGAUUUAGUGUUGGUAGAUUAGUUGGGUCUUCGUAGUGCUUCACUUGUUCUUACAGAUCAUGCAACCAGAUUAAUCGUGAUCGCCUUUUGGUUGAUAAGGUUUACCAGUUUAGUAGUUUAGUUAGAUUCUCCUAUUGUACCAUUUACAUGGAUACUGGUACUAAUCUCAGACUGCAGACUACCGCUUCUAUCUUUGUAUAUGUGCUGUUCCUGCCCGUGGAAAUCUUGUAUAAAGGGGUACUUAAACUUUAAUCGUAGGCAUGUACGUACUGUUUUCAUGUGUUAAUAUGUUUGGAAAGUUUAACCUUGUUUUAAGCAAUUUCCAACCUAAGAAUCCCUUUUAUGUGGUUCAUCCUGUUAUGGUUUAUUUUACCAUGGUAUUACCAAAAUACCAAAAUAUUGUGUUUAAGUGUCAUGUUCUACAUUUAGACAUCUAAUGUUACCUGGCAAACAUUGGUUCUUGACCAAGUUCUGCUACCACUCAUUCUGUCACGAGUUCAGCACAAGAACUUACUAUUGCAGCGGGCAAUGGUACGGAAAAUGCUGCCCCGAUUUAUAAAGAAAAAACGAAGGCGCAAAAUAAUUUCAGCCAGCAAUAUUUCAGAAGGUCCAUGUUUUAGGCCAGGGAGAAAGUUCGGUGAAAAGGC